AUGAAUAUAUCGUGUACCUGCGAACUUAAGCAACGCCUUUCGUUGACAGUACGCAGAUACAAGGAUAGUUAUCACCACCCCCAGAACCACCAAAGUGACUAUUAUAAUUACUGUGCGUUAACAAAGAAUGAGCUCUGUUCAAAACGAGUGAACUCGAAAUUUUCAAAGUUCGAGUUCACUCGUUUUGAACAGAACCACAGGGCAAAUCAUCUCGACCGGGAGGUUAAACGUGACCCCAACAUAACGGCGGCGGCCGGAGUUUGGCGGGGAGAAGAAGCAGAGUUUGAAUUUUCGACCGUUGGAGAUCAGGGAGUUGGGGUCGUGGAUCGACUGAUUUGCCCCUAUGGUACAAUGAGUGGGACCAAAUAA